AUGGGGAGUCUGUCUGAGGAGAUCCAAAACGCACAGAUCGUCGUACCUCGCUCCAUCAUGACUGGCAUCGCCAUCAACGGCUCUCUCGGCUUCGUCAUGAUGGUCACCGUGCUCUUACGAAUGGGUGAUCUCGAAACUGUACUUCUAGAGAACCCUGCGUUCCCUUUUAUGGCUAUCUUCCACCGUGCCGUUCAAUCACGCUCCGGUGCUGCUGUCAUGGCAUCCAUCGUCAUGGUGCUGACGAUCAGUGCGAACGUGGGCUUCUCCGCUUCAACAUCAAGAAUCUGCUGGGCAUUCGCUAGAGACCGUGGUCUACCUGGAUGGAGAACCUUGAGCAAGGUCAGCGAUCGUACAUCCAUCCCCGUCUAUGCCGUAGCCUUUACAAGCUUUAUCGCCUGCCUUCUCGCACUAGUGAAUAUCGGAUCCACCACCGCCUUCAACGGCGUAAUCUCCGUCGCUAUCGCCGGCCUCUUCUCCUCCUACCUUCUCACAUCCUCCCUCCUCCUCUACCGCCGUUGCACCGGCGCCAUCCUCCCACCCAGCGAAUCCUUCGACACAGACAGCCAAUCCACAACUAGCGACGGCAUGGUACGCGCUGUAUGGGGCCCCUGGCGUCUUCCCGGCGCGAUAGGCAUCGCCAACAAUGUCUUUGCCUGCGCCUAUCUUAGCUUUGUUUUCUUCUUUAGUUUCUGGCCUAGCUUUGCGGAGGUUACGCCUGCGAAUAUGAAUUGGGCGAUUUUGGUAACGGGUACGAUAGCGGUCAUCAGUGCGGUUUAUUAUGCGGUUUGGGCGAGGAAGACGUAUCAUGGGCCUGUCGUUGAGAUUGAUGAGCGAGAUUUGAGUGGAAGGGUUAGUAUCGUGGAGCAGCGUCUUGAGAUGGGUAGUAAGUAG